AUGCUGCGUCGUGGAGUGCGCCACUGCGCUCGCCAGGAGCCACAGGUAAUUGGAACGCCUGUGCCGUCCUUCCGCCACUUCCCGUACAGGGCGCAGGAUGUCCUGCACCUCUACCGUGACUUCUUGCGCCUCAUUCACCAACACCCGCCGCAGGAGCGGGCGGAUCUCCUCUUCCGCCUGCACAAUGAGUUUCACCGUCGGCGGCACCUUGCAAGUCCGAAAAUGAUUGCCGCCGCCCUCAAGCGGGGUGAGGGCAUCUUGAGUGUGCAGCGUAGCAUGCUGGAGUCUAGGACGCUGCGGGCUCGCGGUGUGUCGUCGCGUGAGCAGGGCGCGCAGAACGUGGAUGGUUUGUGGGACCAGCUGCAGCUUGUAUCAGGACACCUUCUUCCGGGGCUGCGGAACUUUAAACCCUCGCGAGAGGUGCGGAAAGGGUCCUACACACAGCAGGCCACUACGCAGGCCGUCUACUCACGGAGAAAAUUGUAG